AUUACUAUUAUUUAGUAAGGAAGGAAAUAAUCUUGAAUUAAAAGGCUUGAUUAGUAUUAAAUCCAAUUUAAUCCUUACAUAAAUUUAAUUUAAUUAGAUUUAGAUUUUGAAUAAAUUAUAAUUUCUUAAAUCUAACAUUAUAUCCACUUAUAACUAGAUUUUAACCCAUUUAAUUACGGUGAUGCUAGAAUAUUUGAAAAAUUAUUUAGGUUAUUACCAUCAUCAUGGGGUUUUAAGUAAAACUUAGUAGAAGCUGAAUGAUCAUAACUCAAUUAUCCCAAUUUUGCUUAACACAUGGCAUUUUCCCAACCAAGUUUUUUUUCUUUGUCGGUGGAAGCUUGGAUAAGCCUCAAGAAGGCUCCCAAAAGCCCCAUUUUGUUUUUCCUAUGCCUUCCUCUUCCACCUACAUCCUUUGCUUCCUUCCUUCUCCAACCAAAGUUAAGGUGCUUUUGUUAGGUAAGUAUAAGUUUUAGUUAUGAAUUUUGGGUUAGAGUUAUGGGUAGUUUAAAUUGGUGAGAUUUGACUUUAAUUCUUUGGUUUAUAAGAUUUUUGGGUAUUAAACUUUUAUUAGAAAUAUCCUUAAUUUUGGGGCUUAUAUGGGAAAGAUAGUGAGUUAGUCCUUUUUAUUGUUUGAUUUGGGUGUGAAUUUUGGCUGUAGGAAUUAUAAGUAAAUUGUACUAUUUGCGAAUUACUGUUCACGCAUUAUGCUUUGAUCUCUUUCAAUAGGAAGUCCUAAUAUUAUUUUGGACAUAUUAUGAAUUUGUUUGACAUGCGUAUGUGUUUGUGGCUAUGGAGUAAGUGGACCUAAGCUUAAAACUUGGGGUAUUCAGUGGACCCUUCGGGGUAUUUAGUGGACCUCUGCGCAGUAAGGUUAGUACUGUGAUUAGCUCCGGUACAGUGUUGCUAGCACACCUUAGUGGACUCUAUAGCAUUGUGUGAUUUUCGAUUUUAUGCAUUGCGCUUGUGACAUUUGUGUUUAUGAUUUGAGAGAUUAAGUCAUUAUUUAAAUAGUGAGGAUUAAAACAUUAUGUGAUUUGAUUCCGUUGUGUCUUAUGCUCUUUGUGUGGAUAGGUCUAAGGGUCUUAGGACCCAAGUUUAUAGCUUAAACUUGUUACUUACUGGGCUGUGAGCUCAUAAAAUCCCCCCCAUUUCAGAUCAGUAGAUCGAGGUAGCAGCCUCUCGGUUUAGGAGCUUUUGGCACGGGACUCGCAUGCUCGUUGUAUGUACAAGCUAGGGUCUCAUGUUUUUGAUAAGGAGGCAGAUCGAUGUGUUACCAAAACAAUGACUCAGCUUUUGUUUUUUUGAAAAGCUUUGAAGAAGAAUUUGCCUCAUAUAAUUUUUGUGUAAAUUAGCUUUAUGUAUAAAACCUUUAAAUUAAU